AUUAUAGUUUGACCUGUUUGUUUAAAAAAGAGGGAAAUGCUGUUAUCAGUCUAAUUAUUGUUGAUUAAAUAAUUAAAUUUAUAAAAUACGACCCACUUCGUGGAUAAUGAUCCAUCAUGAUUUUAAUUAGCAAUAUAACUCUUUAGAAGUAUAGUCAUGGAAAAUAGGAUGGAUUCCGUUAAAACUUCUCUAAUAUCUACCAGCGUAGACAAGCUUUUUUAUACAAAAUAUAAGAGAAGUAAUCGACUUCAAAAUUCGGAAACCACCGAAUGUGAUUUAAAAGAUUCUUCAAUGAAGUCUUCAAUUACUGCUUCAGAAAAUAACAAAACUAGUGAACAAAGUACAAGUGAAAUAGUAAACGAAAUAAAUCUACUGGAUGAAACUAGCUUAAAACACACCAAAGGCAAAUAUCUGAAGAAUUAUACAAAUUUAGAAUAUUCUGAAAAUGAUUGUGAAGGAAUUGAAGAUGUUUCAAAAGUAUUUAAACUAUUAACGAAACCAACUUUCCAUUCAAAUGUUAAAAAUACAUAUAGAUCUUCUUUGAAGACAUAUACAAAUCCGAGAAAGUGUUUGGAAAAAAAUGAAGUAAUUGAAAGCUUCGGUUUACCCGAUACUCCCAUCAUUCCCGAAAAGCCAUUAGCUGGUGAUUGUUUAGAUGCAGAAGUAUUAGAUGCCAAGGAAAUAACUAUACAAGAAUUAGAAUUCGUUGAGGCACCAUGGUGUAUAAUUGAAUUUGAAGAAAACUUUAUAAAUCCGCAAGAAAUUAGAAUUAAACCUGAUCCCAAUACUACUAUUGAUGAUAAGUUAUCAAAUAUUCAAUCUACAAUCGUUGAUGAACAUGCUAAAAGGAAUAAAAAAAUAUUGAGCCCCCCAAAUAAAUCUGAAUUGAUCAUAGAAAAUGAUAGAUUAACACAAGAAGGACUAGAAGUAGAAAUAUGUAAAGUGAAUAUGCCUCGGAAAGGAAAAUUGAAAGAUAUUAAUUACAACGAAAAAAGCACAAUUAGACCUAACGUUAAUUAUCCUAUAGAAGACAGUGAAAAGGAUAAUAGUGAAAGUAGGACACUUAGAUCAUCAAACGUCAUAGAAGAAGCUUCUAUGUUAGAAAAUAAUACACUAAGUGAAAAAAUUGAUGAUUCCUGUAGUACAAGAAAGCUCAGAUCUUCUACAAUCAACAGUACUAUAAAAUAUGAUAGCGAUGAAGACAUAGAAAGUGGAAAAACAAAAAUAAACUUUAAAUCUAUGGAAAGAGAACAAGUUUUAUCAUCUAGUGAUUCAGAGACAAGCGAAUACAGCGAAAAUAAAAAUAAAUCGAACAAAACCUAUAACAGAUUUAAACAUUCAUUAAAUUCAACUACUACAGAUGUAUUUACACCAGAUUCAAGUGAAUCAGGGAGAAGAAAUAAAUUUACAAAUGGCAAAGAAAGAUAUAAUCUUAGAUCAAAGGAACAGGAACCAUUUUCAUCAAAUAAAAACACUACUAGGACUUUGAGGUCAAAAUCAUGUUCUGAAAUUUUAUUCAAUGAUAAAAUUGAACCUGUUAAAGAAAAACAAUUAAAAGUGAUUUUACAUCCUUUAGAAACAACGAAGGAUCACCAUCUUGUUGAUAAUAGGAAAGAAUUGAAUAAUUCAUGUGGUUUAUUAUUGGAAAUUGUAGGUAUAAUACCUGUUUCGGAUGAAUCGAGACCUUCCUCAAAAUUAUUACAAAGCAAACCUUUUUUUAAUUUAUUUAAAAAUACUUUACCGAAAACGUUGUUAGUUGGAGGGGAAACGAGGAAAACUAGUAGAAAAUUUGAUUGGAAAUCGAAGUACAUGAAUAAAUCAAAUAAUAAAGAUAAAAAUGAAAGUUUACAACAAUCAGAAGUGAAGAUAACAAAUAAAUUGAAAUCCGAAUGUAAAAUCGAUUCUAUUAAGAAAAUAGGGGAAGUAGAAGGAAGGAAAUGCAAAAUAUUUGCUAAUGAAAAAUUAUCUGAAUGUUUAAAGCCUCGUUCUUACAAGAAAAAAGCAUUUUGUGUUGAUACUAGUUUGAAAUCAAGUAAUAAGACUGUAGAAACCGAAGUUGAUGGUAUUUCUAUUGAAAAAACCGUCAAAAAUGAAUCACCUACAGACAAAUUGAGAAAUAGAACAAGAAAAAUCAUAGAAAUUAUAUCAGAAGAUAUUACAAAUCUACAAGAAAGUAGAUUCAAAAGAAAAUCUGCAGAAAACGCAUCAAGUUGUGAAUUUUUAUUACCAAACCAUAAGAAUAAAGAAAAUAAUGAAAUAAUUGAAGCGACAAGCCUAAAGUACCAGAACGAUGAUUUACUAGAGGGAAAUGAUUCAAAUUCUUGUAAAUCUGACUGUACAUCUUUGAAUAAUGAUCAAACAACUUUGAUAAUUGAGGAAAAUGAAGAAAUAGUUGAAACAUUUUAUUGUAAUUCAACAAAGACAUCAGAAUAUUGUAAAGGAGAUGAAAAAUGUGUAAACAGUGCUUCUAGGAAGAUCUCUGAAGAAGGAAGUACAGUGUUGGAAAUAUUGUCUAUAAGUGAAAAUAUUACAAAUACAUUAGAAACACCAAAAGCUUGUAGUACUCCUAAUGUAGUGGUUAAAAAAGGUAAAGGGAGGAAUAUGAAAUCACCAAUAGUGAAACUUAAUGAAGAUGUAAUAAAUUUCGAUGUCCAUUUGUCUACAAAUAACACAGAUGUGUCAAAAGUGGAUAAUACUUGUAAACUGAACAAUAAUAUUGGAAAUAAUGAAGAAACUAUACUCAUAAAAGAUUUAUCAAAAGAAAAAAUUAGAAAAAAAUCUGUUGGAAAUAAUGAAGAAAAUCUGUUAGAAAACAUUCAAAAAUCUUCAAAUAUAUUUUUGAACAAUGAAUUUACAAAAUUACCAAAUGAAAAUAUUUUUUUAGAUUCAAAAUUUGUUAAUACUGACUCAAUAACACUAGCAACAUGUUUAAACAAUGUUAAAAUAACUGAUACCAUUGAGAAAAAUGAAUCUGAAGAUGCAGAAACAAAUAUCAAAACUAUUUUAAUGAAAAAUGUAAAAUCUCAAGCUAUUUCAACCAAACAAUCUAUAAAUGUUUCAAUAAGUACAUCACAACGUCCAGAAUCAAACAAAAGUGGAGAAAAUUGUGUGGAUAGUCCUAAAACCCAUAAAAAAGACUCUGAAGAUAGAAGUUUGGUGGUAGAAAUGUUGUGUACUAGUGGAAAUAUUAAAAUAGAAUCUCCAAUCGAUUGUGGCAGUCCAAAUGUAGUUAAAAGAGGUAGAGGUAGGUCUAGGAAGUCAUCAAUAGUGAAACUUUUUGAAGAUGUUGGAAAUAAUGAAGAAGACCUUAGAGAAAAUGUUCAAAAAUCGUCGAAUAUAUUUUUGAAUAAUGAAUCUGCAAAAUUGCCAAAUGAAAAUGUUGUUUUAUAUUCAAAAACUGUUAAUAGGGACUUAACACAAUUAGCAACAUGCUUAAAUAACGAUAGGAAAGUCUCAGAAGAUAGAAAUUUAGUGUUACAAACAUUAUCUACUAGUGGAAAUAUCAAAAUAGAAUCAACAAUAGAUUGUGGCAGUCCUAAUAUAGUUAAAAGAGGUAGAGGUCGACCCAGAAAGUCACCAAUAAAUUGUACCAGUCCUAAUGUAGUUAAACGAGGUAGAGGUCGACCUAGGAAGUUAUCAAUAGUGACAGUAGAUGAAGAUGUUGGAAAUAAUGAGAAAAACCUUAUAAAAAACAUUAAAAAAUCUACAAAUAUAUUUUUGAUAAAUGAAACUGCAAAACUGGCAAACAAAAAUGAAGAAAAUUAUGUUGAUAGUCACAAAUCCUUGAUAAAUAUCUCCGAAGGUGGAAAUUUAGUAUUAGAAACGUUGUCUACUAGUGGAAAUAUCAAAAUAGAAUCACCAAUCGAUUGUGGCAGUCCUAAUGUAGUUAAAAGAGGUAGAGGUCGACCUAGGAAAUCAUCAAUAGUGACAAUAGAUGAAGAUGAUAGAAAUAAUGAAGAAAAUCUUUCGGCAAACAUUCAAAAAUCCACAAUUAUAUUUUUGAAAAAUGAAUCAGCAAAACUGCCAAACAAAAGUGAAGAAAAUCAUGUUGAUAGUCAUAAAUCCUCUAUAAAAGACUCUGCCGAUGGAAAUUUAGUAUUAGAAACGUUGUCUGCUAGUGGAAAUAUCAAAAUAGAAUCACCAAUAGAUUGUGGUAAUCCUAAUGUAGUUAAAAAAGGUAGAGGUCGACCUAAGAAGAUAUCAAUAAUUAAACUAGAUGAAGAUGUUGGCUAUAAUGAAGAAAACAUUACAGAAAGUGUUCAAAAAUCUUCAAAUAUAUUUUUGAAUAAUGAAUCUGCAAAAUUGACAGACAAAAGUGGAGAAAAAUGUGUCAAUAGCCCCCAAACUUCAAUAAAAGUCUCUGAGGAUGAAAAUUUGGUGAUAGAAACGUUGUCUACUAGUGGAAAUAUCAAAAUAGAAUCACCAAUCGAUUGUGGCAGUCCUAAUGUAGUUAAAAGAGGUAGAGGUCGACCUAGGAAGAUAUCAAUAAUUAAACUAGAUGAAGAUGUUGGCUAUAAUGAAGAAAACGUUACAGAAAGCGUUCAAAAAUCUUCAAAUAUAUUUUUGGAUAAUGAAUAUGAGAAAUCGCCAAACAAAAGUGGAGAAAAAUGUCUUGAUAUUCGCAAAACUUCCAUAAAAGAUUCUGAAGAUAGAAAUCUAGUGAUAGAAACGUUGUCUACUAGUGCAAAUAUCAAAAUGAAAUCACCAAUAGAUUGUAGUAGUCCUAAUAUUGUUAAAAGAGGUAGAGGUCGACCUAGGAAGUCAUCAAUAGUGACAAUAGAUGAAGACGUUGGAAAUAAUGAAGAAAACUUUGAAAAAUUCUCAAAUAUGUUUCUGGACAAUGAUUCUGCGAAAUUGUCAAACAAAAAUGGAGAAAAAUAUGUUGAUAGUCUCAAAACUUCUAUAAAAGACUCUGAAGAUAGAAAUUCAGUGAUAGGAACGUUGUCUACUAGUGAAAAUAUCAAAAUAGAAUCACCAAUAGAUUGUGGUAGUCCUAAAGUGGUUAAUAGAGGUAGAGGUCGACCUAGAAAAUUAUCAAUAGUUGAACUAGAUGAUGAUGUUGGAAAUAAUGAAGAAAACAUUACAGAAAGUGUUCAAAAAUCUUCAAAUAUAUUUUUGAAUAAUGAAUCUGCAAAAUUGACAGACAAAAGUGGAGAAAAAUGUGUCAAUAGCCCCCAAACUUCCAUAAAAGUCUCUGAGGAUGAAAAUUUUGUGAUAGAAACGUUGUCUACUAGUGGAAAUAUCAAAAUAGAAUCACCAAUCGAUUGUGGCAGUCCUAAUGUAGUUAAAAGAGGUAGAGGUCGACCUAGGAAGAUAUCAAUAAUUAAACUAGAUGAAGAUGUUGGCUAUAAUGAAGAAAACGUUACAGAAAGCGUUCAAAAAUCUUCAAAUAUAUUUUUGGAUAAUGAAUAUGAGAAAUCGCCAAACAAAAGUGGAGAAAAAUGUCUUGAUAUUCGCAAAACUUCCAUAAAAGAUUCUGAGGAUAGAAAUCUAGUGAUAGAAACGUUGUCUACUAGUGCAAAUAUCAAAAUGAAAUCACCAAUAGAUUGUAGUAGUCCUAAUAUUGUUAAAAGAGGUAGAGGUCGACCUAGGAAGUCAUCAAUAGUGACAAUAGAUGAAGACGUUGGAAAUAAUGAAGAAAACUUUGAAAAAUUCUCAAAUAUGUUUCUGGACAAUGAUUCUGCGAAAUUGUCAAACAAAAAUGGAGAAAAAUAUGUUGAUAGUCUCAAAACUUCUAUAAAAGACUCUGAAGAUAAAAAUUCAGUGAUAGGAACUUUGUCUACUAGUGAAAAUAUCAAAAUAGAAUCACCAAUAGAUUGUGGUAGUCCUAAUGUGGUUAAUAGAGGUAGAGGUCGACCUAGAAAAUUAUCAAUAGCUGAACUAGAUGAUGAUGUUGGAAAUAAUGAAGAAAACCUUUCAGAAAACUUUCUAAAAUCUUCAAAUAUAUUUUUGAAUAAUGAAUCUUCAGAAUUGACAAACAAAAGUGAAGAAAAAUGUGUUGAUAGGUCCAAAUCCUCUAUAAAAGUCUCUGAGGAUGGAAAUUUAGUGUUAAUAACAUUGUCUACCAGUGGAAAUAUCAAAAUGAAAUCACCUAUAGAUUGUAGCAGUCCUAAUGUUAUUAAAAGAGGUAGAGGUCGACCUAGGAAGUCAUCAAUAGUGACAAUAGAUGAAGAUGUUGCAAAUAAUGAAGAGAAUAUUACAGAAAACUUAGAAAAAUCCUCAAAUAUAAUUUUGAAUAAUGAAUCUGAAAAAUUGACAGACAAAAGUGAGGAAAAAUGUCUUAAUUGUACCAAAACUUCCUUACAAGUCUCUGAAGAUGGAAAUUUAGUGAUAGAAACAUUGUCUACUAGCGAAAAUAUCAAAAUAGGAUCAUCAAUAGAUUGUAGCAGUCCUAAUGUAGUUAAAAAAGGUAGAGGUCGACCUAGGAAGUCAUCAAUAGUGACAAUAGAUGAAGAUGAUAGAAAUAAUGAAGGAAACCUCACAGAAAACGUUCAACAACCCUCAAAUAUAAUUAUGAAUAAUGAAUCUGAAAAAUUGACAGACCAAAGUGGAGAAAAAUGUGUCGAUAGCCCCCAAACUUGCAUGAAAGUCUCUGAGGAUGAAAAUUUGGUGAUAGAAACGUUGUCAACUAGUGGAAAUAUCAAAAUAGAAUCACCAAUAGAUUGUGGUAAUCCUAAUGUAGUUAAAAAAGGUAGAGGUCGACCUAGGAAGUUACCAAUAGUGGAACUAGAAGAGGUUGUUGUAAAUAAUGAAGGAAACCUUACAGAAAACGUUGAAAAUUCCUCAAAUAUAAUUUUGAAUAAUGAAUCUGAAAAAUUGACAGACGAAAGUAAAGAAAAAUGUGUUGAUUGUACCAGAACUUCCAUACAACUCUCUGAAGAUGGAAAUUUGGUGACCGAAAUAUUGUCUACUAGUAGAAAUAUCAAAAUAGAAUCACCAAUAGAUUGUGGUAAUCCUAAUGUAGUUAAAAAAGGUAGAGGUCGACCUAGGAAGUUACCAAUAGUGGAACUAGAAGAAGUUGUUGUAAAUAAUGAAGGGAACCUUACAGAAAACGUUCAACAACCCUCAAAUAUAAUUAUGAAUAAUGAAUCUGAAAAAUUGACAGACAAAAGUGGAGACAAAUGUGUUGAUAGCCCCCAAACUUCCAUAAAAGUCUCUGAGGAUGAAAAUUUGGUUAUAGAAACGUUGUCAACUAGUGGAAAUAUCAAAAUAGAAUCACCAAUAGAUUGUGGUAAUCCUAAUGUAGUUAAAAAAGGUAGAGGUCGACCUAGGAAGUUACCAACAGUGGAACUAGAAAAGGUUGUUGUAAAUAAUGAAGGAAACCUCACAGAAAACGUUCAACAACCCUCAAAUAUAAUUAUGAAUAAUGAAUCUGAAAAAUUGACAGACAAAAGUGGAGAAAAAUGUGUCGAUAGCCCCCAAACUUGCAUGAAAGUCUCUGAGGAUGAAAAUUUGGUGAUAGAAACGUUGUCUACUAGUGGAAAUAUCAAAAUAGAAUCACCAAUAGAUUGUGGUAAUCCUAAUGUAGUUAAAAAAGGUAGAGGUCGACCUAGGAAGUUACCAACAGUGGAACUAGAAGAGGUUGUUGUAAAUAAUGAAGGAAACCUCACAGAAAACGUUCAACAACCCUCAAAUAUAAUUAUGAAUAAUGAAUCUGAAAAAUUGACAUACAAAAGUGGAGAAAAAUGUGUUGAUAGCCCCCAAACUUGCAUAAAAUUCUCUGAGGAUGAAAAUUUGGUGAUAGAAACAUUGUCUACUAGUGGAAAUAUCAAAAUAGAAUCACCAAUCGAUUGUGGCAGUCCUAAUGUAGUUAAAAGAGGUAGAGGUCGACCUAGGAAAACACCAAUACUGAAAUUAGAUGACGAUUACUCAAAAUUUGAUAGAAAUAUUCAUAUUUUUAAUGAAAAUUUUUUUCAUGGACAUUCUGAAUUACAUAAAAAAAAUGUAACCAGUGCGUUGUCUACCAUGGACAUACCAAGAAAAGAAAAGAGUUCUGAGGAAUCUAAGGAUACGUUAGAAAGUGGAGAAAUAACAGAUUUACAAAAUGAGGAAAUUGAUAAAAAUAAUAUUGAAAAAAUAACAGCUCAAAUUAACGAUUCUGACAAAGAUAUCGAUGAAAAUGAUUUAAAUAUUGAUAUAUUGUGUGUAAAAAAUAAUCUAAUCGAAAAAAAAGAUAUAAUUAAUAAUAGUGAUAUAACAAAGAAAUUAGAAAGCACUAGUAGUGAUAAUAAUUCAUUAGUGCCACUAAAAAAUGAAUCGACACAAAAAGAUAUCACUGAAAGUUAUAGAAAACAUGAAGAAGAUAAAACUAAAAGUACUGGUGUUGAUAAAACUGAAUAUACUGAAAAUAAAUAUAAUAUAACUGAAGAUACCGGGGUUAUUGAAAAGUUUAUACCAGAAACUACUAAAGAUAAUGAUAAAAUUACUAAUGAUAAUACUACAAAUAAAUAUAUAGAGAUUGAUAAAGAUUGCAUGACUACAGAUAGCAAAAAUAAUAUAAAAAAUGAUGAAACCGACCUUGAUAACAGUGCAUUAAAGAAAGAUGAAGAUUCCAUCGUCAUAAAAAAUAAAAAAGUUGAUCAAAUGGAGCUUGACAAAAAUACUGCAGCUGAUAUAGAUGAACCAACUAUAAUUGAAGAUGAUUUUGAUGACGAGAAAAAAUUUACAAUAACAGAUGAUAGUCAAACUAAUAAAAAAGAUGAAAUAUUGAAUAUUGUAGCAAGUAGUGAUAGUACAGAAACAGUUUUUGAUAACAAACGUUCUAAUAGUGAUAAAACAUUUUUGAAAAUUACUAAUACAGAAAUUGACAUUCACAUAGAUUUACUAUCUUCACCGAAAUCUGAAAAUAAUGAAGAAAACUUGUAUAAUGAAGAAGAUACAUCAAAAACUGACAAUUUGUGUACAGAAACAAUUGAAAAAAAAGUAGAAACUAAAAGUAAUAUUAGCUUAGGACCAACGAGUGGUACCAUUACUUAUAGUGAAAGUGAUAAAACUAGUUUGGAUAAAAAAAUUGGGAUUAUUAGUGAUAUCAAAGGGAUAUCUAACGACCCAAAUUUUAAAUGUCCUUUGGAAGCACCAAUAAUAGUAAAAAAUGAAUAUGAAGACAAAAUAAUCAGUAAUAAAAGCAUCGAUUUAACAAAACUUCUGUUGGAUGAUAAAAUAAGUGAAACUAAAGACGUUUUAACCGAUCUGCAUGAAAUUCAGUAUCAAAUCGACUCAGAAGAACAUUCCGGAAAGGAAAAUAUCUCUACUAGAACCAGGAGUAAGACAAAUCUCGGUGAGAGGAUCGAUGGAGAUGUAGAUGAUUUUAUUCCACAGGAUAUAGUGAGGAGUAAUAGCAGUUUGGGUAUAAACCGCGAUGAAUGUAGCGACCUAUUCUUGAAGGAAACAAAAAAUUUAGAUCAAGAAAUUGUGAGAAAUUGUUUUAUUGAAAAUACCGGAGCAGUUGUGGAUGAGAAUGGUAUUGAAAUAUUGGAUACAGUAGAAGAAGAAGUUAGUGGAAGUAAAAUUAUGAAAACAUUGGAUGAAAAUAUCGGAAGAAAGGAGAGUAUUGAGUGUAUUGAAGAAUUUAAUAUCGGUGAUAUUGUUUGGGCUCAAAUUGGUAAAUUUCCUUACUGGCCGAGUUUGAUUUCAGAAGAUCCAGUAACGUGCAAUUUUAAAAAUAUAAUGAAGAAUAGGUGUGCGUAUCACGUUAAAUUUUUCGGCGAUAAAGGAAAACGUGCUUGGAUAAAUAGUAAAAAAUUAAUAGAAUACAAAAACAGAGAUGACUUGAAAACUUACUACGAAAAUCUUAAGAACUGUAAAAGUGCUGUGGAACUUCAAGGAUAUAUAAUCAAAGGAUACAUCGUAGAAAGAUGGACAAAAGCAGUGGACGAAGUCGAAUUUGUAAAAUCACAAAAUUUCACAUUCGAACAAAUGAUAAAUUACAUGGACGAAGAAUCUAAUCAAGAGGUGGACGAAAGGAAAACUUCAACUAUGAAGAAAGGAAAAAAACGUAAACAAUCGCUUGGUUUGGAAGAGUUAGAGGAUCUCGAUGGUUUAGAAAAUAAAAAAAUUAAAUUAGAAGUUGAAGAUUCUGUUCCGAAACAGCGCCAAAAGAAGUCGAUACCAGAAUUGAAAUACGAACAUUCCUCCCCUGGGAAACUUAAUGAAGAAACAGAAGAUUUUAUAGUGAUAACAGACGAACAAUCUGAAGAGAAAUAUAAAAUAAAUUCGGAGACAUUCAAUAAUUUCGGAUCUUACACUUUGGAAGAACAAAGGUCGUUAUUCAAGAGGAAUAACCUGUUUAAAGGUAUACCGAAGGAAAAAGUUUGUCAGUACUGCUUCGAAUUCGGGGAAGUUUUGAAAUGUAAAGGCGGUUGCAACGGGAUUUAUCAUCCCCAUUGUGCAACGGAAGUUUCUAAACAUCAGACGAGGAAGAAACCAGGCAGGUCUCCCAAGAUUGAUACUACAGAAAAAGUGGAAACUAUCAAAAUAGAAAAAAUUGAAUCUCCAAGUUCACCGGGAAAUCAAUUGGAUGCGGGCAAUAAUCAUGUUGAAAUAGUAACAAUACCUUCUAGAAUAUACAAUACCCCACCAAGAAAAACUUUUCCUCCCGAUUUCGCUAAUAUGACAUUAAGCGAAAGAAUCGAUUUCAAAAUGAAAGAAAUCAUGAAAAAAUUCGAAUCGACAUCGUACGCGGAAGAUUUCAACGAAUCCUCAUCGGAUGAAAACAACAAAUCCUCGAUUCGUGAUAGUUUUCCACAAGAAAAUAUUGAUUCGGACAAUAAUUUACGGGAUGAUACAAAGAUAAAACCCAUCGAGCACGUCACCGCCGAUUCUGACAAUAAAUCGAAUAUCGAAUGUAUAAAAAGCGAAACGGAUUCUCCCAUAAAACACAUAACCGCCGAUUCCGAAUAUACCGACGAAGUUAAAUUGAAAAAAAAUCGAUCCAAAUCAAAAAUAACCAAACAUAUAACCGCCGAUAGUCAAGAUACGUUUAUCGAUCCCAAGAAUUUCAAAUGCGGAUUCUGCGCGCAAGAUUUGGAUCCAUAUUGUUUCAUCUGUAACGAAACGUCGUCCAAACGAGGCUCCUACAUAAGACAAAAAUGUUCCCUGUACCAAUGCAACCGGUUCUAUCAUCCGGAAUGUUUGAAAUUGUGGCCGCAGACUCAAUGGUCGGUGAUACAGACGACGAAAAAUCGUUAUUCCCAAGAAGAAGUCGAUAGUUUCGUGUGUCCGCAACACGUGUGUCACACGUGCGCCUCGGACGAUCCGCGCGCCGCCUUAUCCAGAUGUUCCUGGGAUAAAAUAGUGAAGUGUCUAUGUUGUCCUGCGAGUUAUCAUUCGAGUAAUUUGUGCGUUCCGGCCGGUACCGAAAUCAUAACUUCCACGCAAAUUAUUUGUCCCAGACAUAGGAAUAAAUAUGCCAAACCGUAUACCAUUAAUACUACUUGGUGUCUCUUGUGCAACCAAGGGGGUAAAUUGAUCUGUUGCGAAACUUGUCCCACUAGCGUACAUCCGGAAUGUAUGACCGUCAAUUUAACAGACGACGACAAAUUCAUCUGCGAAGAUUGCGAAUCCGGAAGGUUACCCUUAUACGACGAAGUCGUAUGGGUAAAACUGGGCUAUUUCAAAUGGUGGCCCGCCCUAAUUAUUUUUCCCAACGAAGUUCCCCCCAACGUCCUCAACGCUAAACACGGCCUCGGCGAAUUCGUCGUCAAAUUUUUCGGCACUUACAACUAUUACUGGAUAAACCGAGGCAGGGCAUUCCUAUUUCAAGAAGGCGACAACGCCGAUACGGGCCCCGGUAAUAAAAAAAAAGUGGAAGCAGCUUUCCGGAGGGCCGUAGAAGAAGCUGUAGUUGCGCAUAAAAUGAAAAAACAGUUUAAACUUACACAAUCAGCCGAAUCGGUGAAUUCGAUGAAACCACCUCCUUACAUAAAAAUAAAAGUCAGUAAACCCGUAGGAAAUGUCCGAUUCAUGGAUUUGGAUCUUAGUAAUACGACUGCUUGUGAUUGUAAUCCGAGCCAACCGAAUCCUUGUGGACCGGACACCAACUGUCUUAACAGAUUACUUUUGACGGAGUGCAAUCCCGAAGUAUGUCCGGCUGGUAAACUGUGUAAUAAUCAGUCGUUCGAAAAACGAGAAUACCCUCUAUUGGUACCGUACAAGACCGAAACAAGGGGAUGGGGGUUGAAAACGUUAGAACCGCUUAAAAAAGGACAAUUCGUGAUCGAAUACGUAGGAGAACUUAUCGACGACGAAGAAUACCAACGAAGAAUAUUAAAAAUGCACGCGCAAAAAGAAGAAAAUUUUUAUUUUUUGACUAUACAUAAAGAUAGGAUGAUUGACGCAGGACCGAAAGGUAAUAUGGCGAGAUUUAUGAACCAUUGUUGUCAACCGAAUUGCGAAACGCAGAAAUGGACGGUGAACGGCGAUACGAGGGUCGGUCUAUUUGCUACCACUGAUAUACCCGCCAAUACCGAAUUAACUUUUAAUUACAAUUUGGAAUGUACCGGUACCGAAAAGAAAGUCUGUAAAUGCGGAGCACCUAAUUGUAGUGGAUUUAUAGGAGUUAAAGUAAAAAAUGAAUCUGCGGAAACUAAGAAACCAAAAAAAGAAAGGAAGAAAAAAGAACCGGAAAAACCAUUGGUACUACCACCAUGUUAUCUUUGUGAAAAGCGAGGAAAAGUCAGUUUAUGUAAUAACAAAAUUUGUAAUAAAGCUUACCAUUUAUCUUGUUUGAAAUUAGAAGUUCCCGAGGGUAAAAAAUUUAUAUGCCCUUGGCAUUAUUGUAACGUAUGUUCAAAGAGGACAAUCAGGUGUUGCGUUAAAUGUUUAAAUUCGUUCUGUCCAUCACAUUCCGAAGGAAACGUUCGUUACGAUAAAUUAUUUGGUUUUGUAUGCAGCAAACACGAUUCGAUGAACGUCGAAGAUCGAAGUAAUACUGUGAAGAGAAAAAGAAAUCAUCCGAUAACAGACGAAGAUGUUGUUACUUCAACGACUGAUGAUAAUGACGACGACGUUUCGUUGCUUCAACGGAUGAAACAAUCGAAGAAAAAUAAAGUCGAAGAGGGAAAUAACGAUUCCGUGAUUAGAGAGACACGUAAUGAGACAGUUUCAAGUGCGACAGAAACGGAUUUUGAGGUGAAGUUUAAAUUGAAAAGGAAGAAAAAACAUUGAGGGAUAAAAGACUCGAAAAAAUUACUGCCAAUAGUGUUUCUCAUGUGUAAUAUUUGUAAUUUUGGUAUAUUUUAGUUACUUUUUUUAAUGUUACUUUAUAAUGAAUUCGUAUCUUUUUUGUCAUUAGAAGUAUAUAUAUAUUUAUUGGUAUUAAAUUAAAUGUCAGAAAAUAAAUAGAUUUUUAUUAAUUCCAUUUUUUUUUAUUAUUCUACCUAUGUACAGAAUUUAUUGGAACAACCAGAGGGGUUUUUGAGGUCGUAAUAUUUUUUAUUAGA